AAGAAAAGAAGAAGCUCGAGUUCCGGAUCAGAUCAUAGCAAGGCUUGCUUCUGCCACCUCUAGACCUUUAGCUAGCUAGCUACUUUAGGACGAUCAAGCACAUCGUAUUGGCCGAUGGGUAAGUUUUCAAACUCCGCCGACGACCGCGACCGCUUCGACCUCCAUGGGCCGAAGGAUAUGAUGGACCUCGACGCGAUUGACUGGGCCAAGGAGGAGCACCGCCGCCGCAUCGCCGCCUGUCUCGUCAAAGGCGUUUACGUCCACGAGAACGACAGGGACAAGCACAGGGCGGUUAAGCUGGCGCCGGCGUGGUGGGAAAGCUUUGGCUUCCGCCUCGAGGAUGAAAUCAGAGACACCAAGUACAGCAGCACCAUCUACGGCGCCAUCUUCAAGCACACGGCCAGCCAGCCGUGCGCUCCACGGUAUGUCGUCGCCUUCAGGGGCACCAGGAGGAAUAUUCGAGACUACUACUAUGACUUGAAAAUAGUGAUGAACAAGCUGGAGAAACGCACGCGCUGCAUGCAAGCGUGCGCCACUAUCGAGGGACUUAUGAGCGAGGAGGGCCAAGACGGCUGCAUCUGGCUCGCCGGCCACUCUCUCGGAGCGGCUGUGGCGCAGGUCGUGGGACGGGGCAUGAUGGAGCGGGAGAAGCCGCUCAACCUCCCGGACUUCCUCUUCAACCCACCGUACGUGGCGUUCAUAACGUCCAUCAAGUUGCUGAACCUCUUGAAGGCCGAUCCGGUGGCGAAGAGGCACUUCUACUUCGCGAGCAGUCUCUUGAAGGCCGCCGCGGGAUUGGUCUUGGUCUCCCAUCGGGAGCGCAGGGAGAGCUCGUUCAAGCGGUUCUCCGCUUGGGUGCCGAACCUGUACGUGCACGAGGAUGACUGGAUCUGCCGGGGCUUCAUCGGCUACUUUGAGGCGCGGGAGGAGUUCAAGGAAAGCUUAACCCGUGUUGGCAUCUGGUUCAAGGACCACUUCGGGGGCCGGGACAAGUUCAAGAAAAUCUUCGCCCGUGUUGGCAUCUGGUCGAUGGCACUCUCGCACUGCGACGUGCUCUCGUGGGCCCUGCUUGGCAAGGACAAGGAGCAGCCGCAUCUCCUGCCAUCGGUGACGCUGUGGAAAAGCAGGUUCCAGCCCAAACAUGCGCAUGAUCUCCGGCACUGGUGGAAACCGGACAGUGAGCUCAACUUGGGCGCCGGCACGUCUUAUAGCUGCCCUGUACACGAAGCAUAAACUACCUCUAGCUCUAUGCCGGCUAGCUCUACCUCAUGGGCGUCGCUUGCUUCUUGAAGACAUCGUCGUGGAUCUUGUUCUUGUGCCAGGUCUUCAAGUGAAAACCUUUGUCUGUGGUCUGAGUCGGCAGUAGCGACGCUUCGCGCCAUCAUCCUCUUGGGGCGUUGUCAUGGAGCUCGGGAGUCUUCGGUCGGGCCUCAGCAAAGUGUUAGGCUUGUUCUAUAUUGAUGCUGUAUAUUUUGAUCUGCUUUGUAAGGGGCCUCCCUAUCAUAUUGUAUCCUUCGGCUGUGUACUUUGGUUCGUGUUGCUUCAUAUAUAACGCA